AUGGGUUCUUUUAACGACGGCGUUCCAGAACUAGAACAGUGCCUUCUUCAGGAUGAAAGGAACAAACAAUACACAGGAGAUGGUUCGGUUGAUUUUAGAGGGAAGCCUGCUAUUAAGCAUGACACUGGCAAUUGGAGAGCUUGUCCAUUUAUUCUAGGCAAUGAAUGUUGCGAACGUCUAGCUUUCUUUGGCAUUUCAACAAACCUUGUUACCUAUCUUACCACCAAACUACAUGAAGGAAACGUCUCUGCCGCGAGAAAUGUCGGUGUCUGGCAAGGAACUUGUUAUCUUACACCUCUCAUUGGAGCUGUUCUCGCAGAUGGUUACUGGGGACGAUACUGGACAAUUGCUAUUUUCUCUAUGAUUUAUUUCCUUGGGAUGUCUAUCUUGACUAUUUCUGCAUCUCUUCCAUCAUUGAAGCCAGCUGAGUGUUUGGGUUCGGUAUGUCCUCCGGCUAGUCCUCUGCAAUAUUAUCUGCUCUAUUUUGGUCUCUAUGUAAUUGCACUUGGGACUGGUGGUGUAAAAGCAUGUGUGUCAUCUUUUGGGGCAGAUCAGUUUGAUGACACUGAUUCCAAAGAAAGGGCCAGGAAGGCUUCCUUUUUCAACUGGUAUUACUUUUCUAUCAUGCUAGGUGCCACUGUGUCAUGUUCCUUCAUUGUGUGGGUUCAAGAUAAUGCAGGAUGGGGUCUUGGAUUUGCCAUUCCUGCUUUAUUCAUGGGGUUAUCCGUUGGAAGUUUCUUUUUAGGUACCUCUCUAUACAGUAGUCUUCUGUAUGAGAUACCUGACAAGAAAUCGGGAGUUGAAGGAAGUCGCAAACUGAUGCAUCGUGAUGAUCUGAGGUAUUUUGAUAGAGCAACUGUAGUGUCUGAUUCAGAGAACAGAAGUGGGGACUACUCUAACCCAUGGAGGCUUUGCACUGUUUCACAGGUGGAAGAAUUGAAAAUAUUGAUUCGCAUGAUUCCAAUUUGGGCUACUGGAAUAAUUUUUUCUGCUGUCUACGCCCAGAUGUCCACAAGGAACUAUGAUGGAUACAAAUCUGCAAUUGUGGAGAUUAAGCGUCUCCAACUUACAAGAAAGCUUGACCUUAUUGAUAAACCCGUUGCCAUACCCCUUGGUCGCACUGCCACUCCUGAGUUUUUCAUUUGGGAAUUACUUGAGCUCUUUCAUGCUUACUAUAGUAACUUAUUUCACUACACGAGCAUAUUAAAUAUGUUGACGUACAUAAUUGCCGCCAAAAUGUACAAGCAGAAGAAGAUUUCUUAA